CUUCCUGCCUUGAAUGACCGUCAUGACCUCAGAGAAGGCUAAACUGCAGAGAUGUUUUCAAAACCGUCGCUCGACUAUCAACUGUCUAUCAAACGGUGCAAAGGACAACAAAACAUUUUCGUUUUCUCAGGAGAAAAGAGUUAAAGCAUGGACAUCUCUGGAGAAUCUGGACAGUCUUGACGUCAAAGCAGAGGAGAGACCCAAAGAACAACAGAGCAUCAGUGUUAACGUUGGAGGAAAAGUGUUUCACAUCCCCAAACAGUGUGCCGUUAACUAUCCUAACACCCGGAUUGGCUCAUUGGCCCUCUGCAGGGACACAGCAAAACUCCUCACGCUGUGCGACGAUUAUUCUGUACGAAAAAACGAGUUCUUCUUUGACCGUGACCCUGCCUUCUUUCACCACAUCUGCCAUUUCUAUGCAAGUGGAGUGCUGUGGGUCAUACUGGAAAUGUGCCCCGUCAACUUCGAGGAGGAGAUUGCAUACUGGGGCCUGAGCUUGACGGACACCCAGCGCUGCUGCUGGAUGAUGUUCGAGGAGAAGCUGGACGAGGUGAAAGACUACCUGAAGGUGGAGCGGGAGCUGAAGGCAGAGAUAGAGGUAAAGUAUGACGAAGAGUGUUUCAAGGACAUGGUCUUUGGGAAUAUGCGCAAGACUCUGUGGGACCUUGUGGAGAAUCCGUGCUCCUCAACUCUGGCGAAAGCUUUCACUGUGCUCUCCAACCUUUUUGUGCUCUUCUCCAUCGUCGCAAUGAGUCUCAACACUGUUGAGGAACUUAAAGUGUAUAAAAUCAAUGGUAAAACGCACAUGGAAUGGGUGGAGAUCAUCACCAUUGUGUUCUUCACCUUUGAAUAUUUAAUUCGCCUUGUCACCACUCCUGACAUGACAAUGUUUUUGAAGAGUGGACUCAACUUCGUGGACAUGGUGGCAGUCGUACCUUAUUUCAUCCAGAUCAUCUUUGAAGUCUUGACUGACGCUGAUAACGCGAAUGCUCAGGAAGACCUCAGGGCCAUGGCCCAGGUCAGCAAGCUCAGCCACGUCCUCAAAGUCGUCAAGCUGCUGCGAAUCUUUCGGAUCUUGAAGCUGGCUCGACACUCUACUGGAAUGAGAGCGUUUGGGUUCACCCUGCGGCAGUGUUACCAGCAGGCCUCUUGCAUUUUUCUCUUCAUUGCCAUGGGAAUCUUCACUUUCUCUGCUCUCCUCUAUUCAGCCGAGAGGGAAACCGAGGGAUCUCCCAUCAGCAGUAUUCCAUAUGCCUGGUGGUGGGCUGCAGUCAGCAUCUCCAGUGUGGGCUACGGGGAUGUGGUACCUGUAACUGUUGUGGGCCGCAUUGUGGCCUUUGGCUGCAUCUCAUUUGGUAUCAUCCUCAAUGGUAUGCCGAUCUCUUUCCUUUUUAACAAGUUCUCUGAUUACUACGCCAAGCUAAAAGCAGAGGAGUACAACAUUAAGUCAGUGGAGCGACGCUUUCAGCUAAAGAGGCGCCUCCAACACAGAAUGGACAUGUGUUUUCAUUACUCGGAGGAAGGCCAUAGCAGAGACAGCUGCGACUUUCCGCGCUGAGUGAAACUUAACAUGAUCUUUUAUGGGGGGGGGGAUACCAAUCUUGUAUCCAUCCCAGUGAGUAUGAAGCUACAGUACCCAGUUAGCUUAGCCAGCUAGCUUCUCAUUGGAUCCUGUCUUUGCGCUAAACUAACCAGCUGCUUGCUGUGGCCCUUUAUUUAUUGUACAGGUAUGAGGUUGGUAUCCUCUCAUAUCCUCCAAGAAAAUGAAAUGUUUUGCCAAAAUGUUGAACUUUUGCUUUAAUUGUAUUAGGUUUAGGUAGGCUAGUAAACUUACAAUAUAGUAUAUGUUUUUAGCCACGUGCCGGACAGCUCAACAAGCUGUAAACACAAAACCAAUUCCUAUUCAAACAACCAGCCGACAUAGAGCAACAUUAGCAUUCUUUUAAAGUUGUUCGUCUAAUAAUCUCUUGGAAAUAUUUGCUGCGAAAUCAGAAAGUUGCCAAUGUCUGUUGUAUUUCCGUCAUUUUGUGCUGGGCCAACAGAACUGUCCGCAUCUAAAAAUGCUGCUAAUGAGAGCGUUGUGAUUAAAUGAAAACAGUAAAGUAGUGGGUAAUAGAACCUAUGAACUAACCUAUGAGCUAGAGGACGCUCAGUUAAUGUCUUUGGACCCAAA